AAAAAAAUUAACAUACAAAGGCACUGUUUAAACACAAAUGUAUGCACUUUGGUCACAGAUAGUAAAUUAAAAAUUCAUACCUUUGAUCUGUUUAGAGUAUUAUGAUACUCAACAGCUUCACAGAACACCAAGACGGCAGUGUGAUUUGCAAAAAAAUCCAGAAGAUGGUAAAAGAAGACCCUGAUACCUCAUAUGAUGAAUAUGACACAAAGUCUUUAAACAGGUCUGGCAAGUUUGAAGUCCUAACAGCAGAAAAUCUCAUGCGAGAAGAUAUCUACCAGGAACCUUCUAUUCCAAAAAUUUCCAAAGAGCCAAAAGCAGGGACAAGUACUACGGGAACAGGAACCAGUCAUAUAAGUGUUCCACAUCCCCAAGGAUCACCAAAGCCAAAGAAACACUCCAGACGUACCAAUACAAGAAGCCCACCAAAUAUGAAACGGGCUUACUGGAAAAAUUCCUUUCAGAGGGACUUGGAAAAGACAGUUGAUCAGUUACGGAGAGAACGCUAUGGUUCCCCAAGGUACAAAACUACCUAGCUAUUAAAGAAAGACGUGGAGUUUAUCAUAUUCUUAAGAUUUCAGUGAAGAAAGGAAAUCCAAUUCUUUUUACAGAAGAAAACAGCAGUUUGAAAAUGACAGUCAGUUUUAACAAUUAGCACUAACAGGUUAAAUAAAUAAUGGUCCUUAGUGUCGAGGUGCUUAGAGAUGAAAGUGUUUCCAGAACUAGUGACACAAACUGGGUGCUGAAAUUCGGCAUGUUAAUUCAGUGACACAAUAAUGCAAACAGAAAGGUCCUAUGUACCAAUAUUUUACCUUUUUUAUUUUAUAAUGAAUGAAAACCUUUCAGUUCUAAUUUAGAUCUGCAAGCCUUGUUACUUAAAGCAAACAAGUGACUGUGCUACCUAACACAAUGUCAUUCACAUCAAGUCUUAGAAGAAAAAUGAACAUUAUAUGCUUUAUGUAAAUAAAAUCAAGAAUAGAUUCUCAGCAAACAAUUUCAAUUAAUAUGGCAUACUCUGAUUGAAAAUGCAUUUGGAAAUCAAUCCACAUAUAUCAAGACUUCCAAGGUGAUAUAACAAUUUAUUUCCAAUCUGCCCAUAGAGACUUUAUAUAUUGGUACAUAUUAAAUACUCUGUUUUGCAACAUCUUUCCACUUAUCUCUGCAAGUGACAUCAAAACAGGGAUGUUACAACCUCCCACUAAUCUAACUGUGAAGAUUUCUUAUUUACAACACAUAUACAUUUACACUGGAGCUUUGCUAAACAAAGACUUCAAAAACAAAUAAUUAAUCACAAUUUCAGUCAGGAAACAUAUAAAGCAAUUUCCAAUCAAUUUACAAUAUUAAAGCCAGCUGUUUCAAAAAGAAUAUGUAAUCAAAGUCCAUGAUGUACUUCUGCUAAUAACCAUUCCUUUCUAUUCCAUUACUUUCACCAUGGAUAAUUUCAUGAAACACAAUAGUCACAUUUACUGACGACAGCACCUUUACCAUUUACCUAAGUGAAUAUAAUAUAUUUCAAAGUCAUUUAACACAUAUCUUGGGUCAGUUUUUCUACACAUGUACAGCGUCCAUCUUUCUUGGUUUAAGUUUCAGUCUUCACCGUUUCAUAAUUUUACAGUCUGGAACUUACACAGU